AGGAGGGUGGGCCCCUCAGAUCAAGCUUGUGAACACUUCUUAUAAACUCGAGAGAAGUAAGCUGCGUUAUCACUACAGAAGUUACAGCGUUUAAAACAAAUCAAAGAAUCAGUGCUUGGAUAAUGAAAUUGCUAGUUUGCUUAGCGUUGCUGACGGGUGUGUGUGGAGGGUCGCGGGUGCUGAUGGUGCUGCCCUUGGGCUCUGCUUCCCACAAGAACAUAUUAACACCGCUGGCUGAGGCUCUCGGCGCCCGAGGCCACGAUGUCGUCAUUGCGUCUCUUCACGCUUCUUCCGCCGCUAAUUCUUCACGCUCUUACACCGACCUGGUGGCCGCAGACGCCUGGGAAACCAUCCGUAAAGUGACGGGCGGCUUCGAUGUCUUCAAGAUGCGGGAAGCCAGUGGUGGCAGAGAUGUGAACUCCGAAGUGAUGAAGAAGAUUGUGCGUAACCUGCCGGAGUACUGCGACGCCUUUCUGCGUGAUUCUGGCGUACAGAGCGCAUGGGCCACCAAGCCAGACCUAAUCCUCCUGCCGGCAUUCAUGAACGAGUGCGGACUGGCCCUGGUACACAAGUUCAAGGCGCCGUUCAUCUACGUGACCACGUCCGGCCUGACACCAUGGACAGCAGACCUGCUGGGAAACCCGGAGAAUCCUGCCUACAUCCCCAACCAGUACCUCAGCUACGGCGCCCACAUGAGUCUCUGGGAGCGAACCUUCAACACCAUCGUCAGGUUGGUGAGUCCUUACCUGCGGAGACAACUGGUGUUGAACAGACUGGACGGUGUUGUACAGAGGUUUCUGGGAGACCCGACGGUGUCGCUGACGGAGGUGGAGAAGAAUGUGUCGCUGGUGAUGGUUAACUCUCAUUACUCUCUGGGGCAUCCGCGCCCCCUCAUGCCCAACGUGGUAGAGGUGGGUGCCAUGCACUGCCGCCCAGCUCGUCCACUACAGGAUGCCCAGCUGCGUCACUUCCUGGACUCGUCACCAGUGCCAGUGGUGCUCUUCAGUCUUGGCUCCCACAUCCGCAGUGAACAACUUCCUGCCGCAGUUCUUCACUCGCUGGUGGCAGCGUUUGGCCGCCUUCCCUACCGGAUAGUGUGGAAGUGGGAGGGCGGCGCCAUUGCUGACCUGCCGUCCAAUGUCAUGACCCGGGCAUGGCUGCCACAGCAGGACGUGCUGGGACACGAACGCGUGCGCGCCUUCCUGACGCAUGGAGGUCUGCUGUCCCUGCAGGAAGCCGUCUACCAUAACGUGCCCAUAGUGGGACUGCCCCUCAUGAGUGACCAGCCUCUCAACGUGCGUCAGGCAGUGACUUUGGGCUUGGGCGUUGGGCUGACGCUGGAGACACUGACAGAGAAAGCAGUUUACCAGGCCAUCAGGAGCGUUGUGGAGAAGGAAGACUACCGCAGGAGGGUGGAGGAGAGGUCACAGCUGCUCCGUCACCAAGACUCACUACCCCUGGACAGAGCUGUCUACUGGACCGAGCACAUCUUGCGGUUCGGAGGCGGUCAACACCUGAGGUCGGCGGCAGUCGACAUGCCACUCUACCAAUACUUGCUGCUCGAUGUGGCAGGUGUCCUGGUGACCGUCGCUGUUCUGCUGCUCCUGCUGCUGUGGUCAGCCCUCAGAGCCCUCAUGCGUCUCCUGGUGCGCACCAGCAAGAAAGUUGCUGCCAACGUCAUCACAGCUCUCAGAACUCACGUAAAGUUACAGUGAAGCUCCAACUCAAGCAGCUGGGAGAGAGAUCUGAAACUCAGACGCGAACAUCACCAGCAGUUGAGUUUUGUAAACCUGAAGUUACCUCGUCAACCUUGUCAACCACUAUCAUCAUCACUUCACCCCUCAACAUGUCCAUCUUAAA